GUCCAAAUAGAAACCAAACAGCGAGUGUUUUUAGUUUCUCAUUGACCCUCACAUAGUUUCAUUUAAUUUAUUAGUAUAUAUACAGAUAAUUCUUUCCGAUAUAUCCAAGAAAAAAAGAAAACUAUAGUUGUAAAAGUUGGCAAGAAAACUACUUUUCUGCACUUCUCAUUUUGGAUUUCUCAUCUUCAGAACUUGUAAAAUUCGCUUUACAAUUCUGCAAAAUUUCCUGCUCAAUUUGGUUGCUUCUUUUGAGCCCAUUCUGGUGUUUUAGUUCAGUUGCUUGAAGGUCAUGCUUGUUAGGGAGCUCUUUGUUUUCUUGUUUAUGAUUGUCAGUUGCUUCAAGGUUCUGAAAUUUGUUGAGGCAAAGCUGGUCCAAGAAGAAGUUGAUGCUCUGGAAGAAAUUGCAAGAACAAUGGGCUCAACAUACUGGAAGUUCAAUUCCGAUUCUUGUGAGCUUGAAGAGGUUGGAAUAACGCCGGAGCCACCGAAGCAUGCAGACCAUAGCAUAGAUUGCAAAUGCAAUAAUGAGGACAAUACUGAUUGUCACGUCAUAAAGUUACUGCUCAAGGGUCAUAAUCUUCCUGGGGUUCUUCCUCCUCAACUUGUUAAGCUUCCUUACCUCCAAGAAAUUGAUUUUGCUUACAACUUGCUCAACGGUUCUAUUCCACUUGAAUGGGCUUCAUUGCCGUUGACCUCAAUCUCUCUUCUUGUAAACCGCUUGUCAGGAGAGAUUCCAAAGGAACUGGGAAAUAUUACCACUCUUAAAUAUCUGUGCCUUGAAGCAAAUCAAUUUUCUGGUGUCAUACCUUCUGAACUUGGAAAGUUAAUCAACCUGCAAAUAUUGAUGCUGUCUUCAAAUCUGUUGACUGGAAACUUGCCGAUGUCGUUUGCUGGGCUAAUUAACCUAACAGAUGUGAGGAUAAAUGAUAACAACUUAAAUGGAACCAUUCCUAACUACAUACAGAACUGGAAAGGACUUAAAAGAUUAGAAAUGCAUGCAAGUGGACUGGAGGGCCCCAUUCCAUCAAAUAUUUCCCUUUUGGAUAGUUUAGUAGAGCUGAGAAUUAGUGACAUAAGAGGACCAAGCCAGGGCUUCCCUAAUCUAAGCAACAUGAAAGGCCUAACAAGAUUGGUUUUGAGAAACUGUAACAUUUUUGGGAAGCUUCAUGAUUAUAUCUGGGGGAUGACAAAUCUGGAAAUGUUGGAUGUCAGCUUCAACAAGUUGAUUGGGACCAUUCCAGAUACCAUAACUGCAAAGCGGCUGCGAUUUGUCUUUUUAACCAGCAACUUGCUAAGUGGAGAUGUGCCAGAUUCAAUCUUAAAGGGAGGAAGUAACAUUGACUUGUCAUACAAUAACUUCACAUUACAAGGCCCUGAACAACCUGCUUGUCGAGAACACAUGAACUUAAACUUGAACUUGUACCGAAGCUCAACAGUGCUGAAUCGCUCAAGACGCCUGCUUCCAUGCAUGAAGACUUUCAAAUGUCCCAAGUAUUCAAGUUGUUUACAUAUUAAUUGUGGUGGAAAAGACACUAUCAUCAAGGAAAAUAAAACAUCCAUUUCAUAUGAAGGAGAUGUAGCAGGUGAAGGUGGGGCGGCAACAUAUUUUAUAAAUGGCCAAAGCUACUGGGGAUUUAGUAGCACUGGAGACUUUAUGGAUGAUUAUGAUUACCAAAAUACUCGUUAUACUGUGUCUGUCCAGUCAUCAAAUAUUUCCGAACUGUACUCAACAGUACGCAAAUCGCCAAUUUCUCUUACAUAUUUCCAUUAUUGUUUACAAAAUGGGGACUACAGUGUAAAAUUGCACUUUGAAGAGAUACAAUUCACUAAUGACAAAACAUACAACAGCCUGGGAAGGCGUAUAUUUGAUAUUUAUGUUCAGGGAAGGUUAGUAAGGAAGGAUUUCAACAUUGAACAUGAGAUUGGUAGUGCUCGAAAGCCUUUAGUAGUACUAAUACCUAAAGUUAAAGUGAACAAUAAUAUCUUGGAGAUCCAAUUUUAUUUUGCUGGCAAAGGAACAACAAGGAUUCCUGAAAGAGGGGUUUAUGGCCCCAUCAUAUCAGCCAUCUCUGUAUCUUCUGAUCUGAAACUUUGUUCAAGUGUUCAAAAGAAGGGAACUGUUCAUAUUGUGGUUGGAAUUAUUGGAGCAUCAGGCCUCAUUUUCAUUGUACUGGGAAUUCUUUGGUGGCAAGGCUAUUUUCCAGGAAAAUGGAGCCAAAGAAAAGACAGCAAAGGAUUGGCAGCUGGGACCUUUUCAUUAAAACAAAUCAGAGCUGCCACUAAUGACUUUGAUCCUGCUAACAAGAUCGGAGAAGGUGGUUUUGGUCCCGUGUACAAGGGUCUUUUAUCUGAUGGAACUGUGAUAGCAGUGAAACAGCUCUCCUCUAAAUCAAGGCAAGGAAAUCGUGAAUUCUUGAAUGAGAUUGGCAUGAUUUCUUGUUUGCAACAUCCAAAUCUUGUGAAGCUUCAUGGAUUUUGUGUUGAAGGCGACCAAUUAUUGCUGGUAUACGAGUACAUGGAAAAUAAUAGUCUUGCCCGUGCCUUGUUUGGUCAUGAAAAUAAUCAUCUUAAACUGGAUUGGCCUACAAGACUCAAGAUCUGCAUUGGGAUAGCUAAGGGCCUAGCUUUUCUCCAUGAAGAAUCAAGACUUAAGAUUGUUCAUAGAGAUAUCAAAGCUACUAAUGUGCUGCUAGAUGGGAACUUGAACCCCAAAAUUUCAGAUUUUGGAUUGGCUAGACUUGAUGAAGAGGAAAAGAGCCAUAUCAGCACUCGGAUCGCUGGAACUAUAGGUUACAUGGCACCAGAAUACGCGCUAUGGGGAUAUCUGACUGAAAAAGCAGAUGUUUAUAGUUUUGGAGUCGUGGCCUUGGAAAUUGUUAGUGGGAAGAGCAAUAACAACUGUAUGCCGGGCAGCCAUUGCAUUUGUCUCUUAGAUUGGGCAUGCAAUUUGCAGCAGAGUGGAAAUCUGAUGAAGCUUGUUGAUGAGACAUUGAAGUCAGAGGUCAAAAAGGAAGAAGCAGAAACUAUGAUCAAAGUAGCCAUGUUAUGCACAAAUGCUUCUCCUACAAUUAGACCUAGCAUGUCUGAAGUUGUGAACAUGCUUGAAGGUCGAAUGUCUAUUCCGGACAUAGUUCCAGAACCUAGUGGCUAUACUGAAGAUUUGAGGUUUAAGGCGAUGAGAGACCUUCUAAAACACUCACAAAGUUUAAGUGGGAGCCAUACCCAAAAUUCAACAGUUCAUACAUUUGGCUCAACUUCUGCAUCUGAUGAUGAGUUCUAUGAGAUCAAUCCAGGCUCAAACUCAUAAGAUAUAGGGUGAUUGUAGCCAUAGACACCAAGGAAAAGCACCAGUUCUUCCCCAAAUGUCAUAUUGAAAUUUUUUGUUACUUUGUGUAAUCUUUAGUGCAGUUGCAUGCACUAAUAUGUACAUAUAAAUUUCUUGUACAAGCAUUUGUAUUUUAUCAACUUCAUUUGUGUAUGCAACUAUUGAAAAUCAUUUAUACAAAUUAAUUUAAAUCGAAUGAAUCAUUGUUUUUUCA